AUGGCUCGCGCUAUCUUGAACGCCGCCAAGUCGGCAUCAAAUGUGGUCUCCAUCAACCAGAAAUACACCGUUCAGUCCACUGGUGUCUGGGAGCGCAUUCGUCGCCUUUUCGCUGUCGACCCCAACCGCUCAACCGGUAUCCCCUUGAACUCUCAAUACCGUCUACCUACCCCAGGCUCUUUGCCUCCUCUGUCCUACGAUGACCCAGUGACUAUCCCUGCGGGCGACAUCGCCGAUAACCCCUACUGGAAGCGCGACGUCCGGAGAAGCUACCCCCAGCUUAGCACUGUGCGCCAAGCAGAUGCUGUGGGACUUCUUACCGUUGGUAGCCAGGCCGCCCCCAAGGACGAUGUCCUCAAGAUUGGACAGGCUGGAGAACAACAACUAGUUGCUGUCAAGGCGCAAGGUGAAGAGCGCGGCCUCGCUGCUCUCUUUGAGCAAGAUAAGAAAAGCAUUCAAGGUGUUCUGGGUGCCAAUGGCUUGCCUCCCAACCCUGCCAACAUCAAUCCCAUCUCACAGGAAUCACAGUCCAAGUACGUGCUUGGAACAGAGAACGGUUACCCCGAGAAAUAUACCUGUCGCACCUUUGUUUGA